GGCGCUACGAACGUUAGAGAUGGCGCAGUGGUUGGUCUCUUUCUCGUGUGAUGACCCGGUCCUCGUGAGGUCUUUUCCGCUCAGAAAACCAAGAUGGCUCGAGGACCCAAAAAGCAUCUGAAGCGUCUAAAUGCGCCAAAGGCAUGGAUGUUGGGAAAAUUGGGGGGUGUUUAUGCCCCAAGACCAUCCUCCGGACCACACAAGCUUCGGGAGUCCUUGCCAUUGGUCAUUUUCCUACGUAAUAGACUGAAAUAUGCCCUGACCAAUUCUGAGGUCACCAAAAUCGUCAUGCAACGUUUGAUCAAGGUCGACGGCAGAAUCCGUACUGACCCCAACUAUCCAGCUGGUUUUAUGGAUGUUAUUACCAUUGAAAAAACUGGCGAAUUCUUCCGUCUGAUCUAUGAUGUCAAGGGACGUUUCACCAUUCACAGGAUUUCCGCAGAGGAAGCCAAAUACAAGCUUUGCAAAGUGAAGCGUGUACAGACCGGACCCAAGGGAAUCCCAUUCUUGGUCACACACGACGGAAGGACCAUCCGCUAUCCGGAUCCUGUAAUAAAAGUCAACGACACAAUCCAGCUUGAUAUUGCCACCGGCAAAAUCAUCGAUUCGAUCCGUUUUGACUCUGGUAAUCUUUGCAUGAUCACUGGAGGAAGGAAUUUGGGACGUGUUGGUAAUGUUGUGAGCCGCGAGCGCCAUCCAGGAUCCUUUGACAUUUGUCACAUCAAGGAUUCCGAAGGUCACACUUUUGCGACCAGAUUGAACAACGUCUUCAUAAUCGGCAAGGGAACAAAGGCGUACGUCAGUUUGCCACGAGGCAAGGGUGUCAAGCUCUCGAUCGCUGAAGAGCGUGACAAGAGAUUGGCGGCUAAGGGAGUCUAAGUUCGUUACCGAUGUAAUAACGAAGAAAAAAAGAAAGAAAUAAAACAUUCGUGCGAAAAUCUAAAA